CCGGGAUUCGUGAUAUCCUCCAUACAGACUGCAAAGUACUUGACCGACUACAGAGUACUAAUAGUUUCAAUGAAUGUAUAAAGGACUUUGCAGACUCCUCUUCUACCCCCUUCCCCUCUCCUUGAUUCACAUCCAAUCUACAAAAAUGGCCACCCUCUUCCGCUCCUCGCGCAGCCUGCGCCCUCUUACCCGCCUGGCGGCCCAACAACCAGCACGCUCCUCUCUGCGCUAUACAUCAAGUACAUCCUCCCGACAUGGCGCUGCCGCUGCCGCAUCGGUCGACUCCUCGAGCACCGAGACACCAUUCUUCCCCGACGAGCCCGCUGGACCUACCGUCAAGACGGCCAUUCCGGGCCCCAAUGCCAAAAAGGCCAUUGCUGAACUACACAAAGUAUUCGACACUCGAUCUCUUAACAUGAUGGCGAACUACCAACACAGCUACGGCAACUAUAUCGCUGAUCUGGAUGGGAACGUGCUACUCGAUGUAUACGCCCAGAUUGCAUCAAUCCCUGUGGGAUACUCAAACCCAUCGCUCGUCAAGACCGCGAUGUCGCCAGAAAUGGUGUCCGCGAUCGUCAAUAGGCCUGCGCUCGGCAACUUCCCUCAGCACGACUGGGCUAGUAUCCUCGAGACGGGUAUCCUUAAGGUGGCCCCGCGUGGCCUCAACCAGGUGUUCACGGGAAUGUCUGGCUCCGAUGCCAACGAGACCGCAUACAAGGCCGCAUUCAUGUGGAAGCGCCAGCAACAACGUGGUGGAGCGCACGUCGAAUUCACCGACGCCGAGAUCGAAAGCAGCAUGAACAAUGCGGCACCUGGCGCUCCGCAAUUGAGUAUAAUGUCUUUCAAGACCGGUUUCCAUGGACGUCUGUUCGGCAGUCUCUCCACGACCCGAAGCAAGCCAAUUCACAAGAUGGACAUUCCAGCAUUCGAUUGGCCUCAGGCACCAUUCCCAAGCCUCAAGUAUCCCCUGAACGAGCACGUAAAGGAGAACGAGGCCGAGGAGAAGCGCUGUCUCGAGGAAGCGGAGGAGAUCAUCAAGAAUUUCCACAACCCUGUGGCGGCGGUCGUCAUUGAGCCGGUCCAGUCUGAGGGUGGUGACAACCAUGCAAGCCCAGCCUUCUUCAGGGGUCUGCGGGAAAUCACACGAAAGUACGAUGUCCUGCUGAUCGUGGAUGAGGUGCAAACCGGUGUGGGUGCAACGGGUAAAUUCUGGGCACACGACCACUGGAACCUGCAGGACCCUCCGGAUAUCGUCACAUUCUCAAAGAAAGCUCAGACAGCCGGUUACUACUUUGGCAACCCAGAGCUGAGACCCAACAAGCCGUAUCGUCAAUUCAAUACGUGGAUGGGUGACCCGGCGAGGGCGCUGCUCUUCCGCUCAAUCAUCAACGAGAUCGAACGGUUGAACUUGGUCGAGAAUACAGCCAUGGUCGGUGACUACCUGUAUGCUGGUAUCGAGACUCUGGCCCAGAAAUACCCACAGCAAUUCCAAAACCUGCGAGGACAAGGCCAAGGAACAUUUAUCGCUUUCGACAACCCGAAGCGUGAUGAGUUCCUGCUCAAGGCUAAGACCUUGGGUAUCAACAUCGGUGGCAGCGGUGCCUCGGCAGUCAGACUCCGCCCCAUGCUUAUCUUCCAGAAACAUCACGCAGACAUUCUGCUUGACUCUCUCGAAAAGUUGGCCAAGUCGCUAUAAAAGCGCUUUGUUUGAACAGGAUUGACCGGGAUGUGUGACCUGCCUAGGUCAGGCGUUAUGGAGUAGAAAAGCAAAGCCAUCGCCCUUUGCCAUGACCCUUUCAUGUUAAUAACAAAAUGUCAUAUUUUACAAUGCUG